ACGAUUUGGCGGCUCUUCGAGUGAUUCAGUUUCGUUUUAAUUAACAUAAAAAUUUUUAUAAAUCGCGCGUCCUCGUAUUCAAGUUCCGACAAGACGUCGAUUCCAUUCCACCGUUCCUUUAACACGCUUGUCCCUAUCACUCUAGAGCAGCUUUUAUCACAAUAAUUUUUAAAUAAAAAAUUAUUUAAUUGUCAUUUCAUUCGAUAACGUAAUAAUCCUCUCCCCUCCCCUGAAUCCUCAUCGCUUCGGAGUAGUAAUCGUCCUCUAUUACGUGAUUUCGAUAAUUACGAAGGAAAAAAAAAACAAAAACAUCGCGCAUUCGAUACACUUGGUCUUCGGCAUAAUUUAGCCGCGAGGUUGACGCGGAAGGACAAUUACAAUUAAGUGCAAACGACGAAAGAACUCGUGCAUUAAGCAGAUUUCCUGGUGAAAUGUCGACUGCGGGAGAACGUCCUUUGGACGAAAAUCCAAACAUAAAUACAAUCAAAAACGACGAAGGAAGUCCGUCAAAAAAUGUCAGUGAAACCGAAACAGAACCGGCGAUGCUAGACGAAGAAGAAAUGCCUUCGUACAUCAGUCUCAAUAGUCUCCCAAAUCCUGAUGAAAGCAGAGCGGAACAAAACGUACCUCAACAAUCGCAAGCUCCGACCAAUCCUGAAGAAAGAGCUUCGAGCCCUUAUCAGAGCGAACAAGGUGCUGAAAGCGUUUGUGUUCUUUCCUCUGGUGAGGAAAGUGACCGAAGACCCUAUGCAAUGGAGGAUUACGAUUCAGAAGAAAUGGAUAUGGAAGACGAGGAAGAGGAGGUAGACGAGGAAGAGGAAGAGGAUGAUUCGUGUAUGAACGACGAAGAGGAGAGCGAUGGGGACAUAGAACCGGAACAAUUUGAGAGAUCUUCUGAUGAUUUUAAUUUGCGUUACGAUAGUGGUUUGGAAAAGCAUCACAAGGAGCGCAGCAGAUCAUUACAAGAUUUAACGAAUUCCCGUGGAAAUUUGUCGCGUUUCGUAGGAAAGCGACGAAGCAUAGACUUGAUGGGUUCGUACGAAUCACAAUUCAUUCGGCAGCCUGUGCAGCCUCCCGAAGAUCCACUUUCUUUGCGAAAGAAGAUGCCACGUUCCAUAAUGUACGAUCACAUCCCGAGUAAAGUGAAGCAAUAUAUCCAGGAGAUGAAGGAACAACGAAGGCGAUCGGCAGAGCGGAUAAAUCGCGAAAAUUCGUCGCAAAAGAAUUUCAGCGAAACCAUUUCGCGUGUUGAUAACGCAGAAGUUCAACGAGCUGCUGGCACAAUAUUGAAUCCAGAAAGUAAAAGAAUGAAGAGUUAUGCUGAACAUGCUAUCCACGAGAUAAAAACGGAGGAACGCAACUUCGCAGCCGAUGCUCGUUACACGGAACAUCCCACGAUUGAGGAACAUGAAGAAUUCCGAGAAAUUAAUAAAAUCAACGAAACCAAGAUUGAUAAGGAUAUUUACGAUAUGGAAACGAAUCAGAUUCCCGAAAAUCUCACCAUGACGACUGAAAGUUUAUCCAAAAAGCUCAGAAUCAAUGGACUCGUGGAGUACAACGAUAAAGUCAUCGAGCCUUCAAAAUUGAGCGAAGCUAACGGCGAACAGCAAAUCGCUACGAUUUUGAAUCUUCGCACAUUGAGUUACGAGGAGUACACAAACGGCAAUGAAAAUUCGGAAGGUGUCGUCGAAAAUCUUUCACGUCCGAAAGUCCCAGAGAAAAACGCCCUCGAUUGUACAGAAAAAAGCUACGGGUCCGUUAUCGCAGAACCGGAAAUACAAAAAACUUCAUCGACUUCGAAAAAAGAAGAUGAAAAAUCGAGUCAAAUUCCUACCAAGGAGGCUGCUCAGCCACGCAACAAUUGGAACUUGCGUGAAUUGACUCUGGACGAUUCCUCAAGAAGAAAAGUGGCUCAGGUCGAUAGCGAAGUUUAUCAGAAGAUGUUGGACGAGAACGUGAAUUUGAAGCUCGAAAUCGAGGAAAUGAAACAAACUCUGGAACAGUGUCGUUUGGAAUACCAGCCGAAGGAAGAGUAUCAAAAAGUUUUAGCAGAAAAUGCGAGUCUGCGACACGAGUUACAAGAAAUGGAAAACAAAUUUGAACAAUAUCGAGCUGAGCACACCCCCGCCGAGACAAAAGUGGCGUCCGUUCAAACAGAAAUCUAUGAAGAAAAGAUGGACGUAUCAGAAAAUCUCGUGAAACAAACCGCCUCUACAAAUAAAGUGUUAACCAGUACAGCAACUUCGGCGCAAAGUUCGAUCGAGCAGUGGUCCGACAGCAAUUACAGCGCUGCGAUUUCCAUCGACCCACCGAACAUCGAAGCGGCUCUCGACGCCGACGAUUCUCUUGCCACCACCGAGAAAACGAACACAAAACCUCCUCACACUUUGUCACAAUCGUUCAUCACCAGCUCUCGAAUUUUACAAACUCUUGCUAACAUUACUCAAGGCCGGACGAAACCAACAGGAGUUUCGCCGAAUUUCACGACAGAAAAGACUCAGCUCGAGCCAAAAGGUCAGUUUUCAAACGUCAUUCGCCAAAAGAUCAAUUCCAUUAUGACGAACAACGAAGAGAAUCAUACUUCACGCGCUAAAAAACGUAAAGCUUCCGAUAUGCUCGAAGGCCCCUUUUCGGAAACAUUCAAAAUUCCCCAUAUCACUGGCGAUACGAGGAGAAAAAUCAACUCGGAUUCUGCCACAGAUCCAACUCACAUCACUACCGAACAACGAGCCGAAAAGAACCUUCAACAACCCAACAAACAUCCGGACGAGAACAAUCCACGCAGAAGCGACGACCCCGACGUCAACGAAGAAUCUCCUGACACAUUGCAAAACGUCAAAUACUACGUAUAUCACGAUGAACCCGAUGUCAAGGAACGAAGCUUCUUGAUCCAAGCUAAAGAUUCAUCCGUAAACACCGAAACUAUCGAUAAAGGUGGUAACGUACGCGAAUGCGGACCAUUCUUACUUGGCAACGUGGAAAUUCGAAUGAGCGAGACUAAUGACACUAUCAACAUUUGGGGCAAAGAGUUGAAUCACCAAUCGGAGGAAGCGGAGGCUCAGAACAGUUCAGUGUUUUCUUCGAACCGAUCAUACACUUAUCAGAGUACGCCAUACAUGAAAUGUUUCAACCAGAAUACAUUGACGUGCCCAUCGAUGAAAAAACCUCGAAUUUCUCCGAAAUUCAGUAGAUCAGGAAUAGGAAAAUAUUUCCGUUCAGCAGCGACGAACUUGACGAGAACGAUGAGCAAUCCUGGGUAUCCCGGUCACUUUGCGCGCUGCGCAAAUUCUUCGCUCGCCGAUCUUUCUAGAACGAGUUCUUGCGAGCACUGCGAAGCUCAUCAAAAACAAACGAAAAUCUCGAGCUACGAACACCUCGCUAAUUUUACAGCAAAACAUUCCUGUUGCUGUCUCCAAAAUCCUGAAACUAACGAGAGAGUUUGCGACGACGGUUCCGACAACGAAGUCUUUGACGAUUCAACCGUGUACGAAACAAUGUCGAAUAUUCUCGCUAAUCACGAAAAAUACACCAGUUCCUUCAACAACUUGAUGGCCAAACAUUUCGCUACGAAUGUCACCGGCGAAGAAAAGCACAGAAAUCACACUAGCCCGGGCCCUCGAGUCCACGAACAAGAUUCACAUCGAACGAACAAACGCUGCUCAUCCUGCACCGAUGACUUGCCUUCCUGCAGCAGAAGACUCGCACCCCCAAAUCGACAGUGUCGCGAUGAUCAUCCCUGUCGUUCACACUCGCAUCCCUCUUGCGAUGACGACGAUCGUCCUCUACUCUUUAAUCAGAGUCCCAGUGAAACGCCGGAGAUAAAAAGACGAAGGCUCAGUGGGAAAAAAGUGCGAGGAAUUCUCACGGACUUGUUACGUGGUUGUAGCGGUUGUCGAGAUCCGAAUAGCACGAGCAACCUUCCAAAUGCCAGCGUACAAAAUGCUAUUCCGAAAGUUUAUGUGACGCCGUGCGAGCCAGUGGUUCCAUCGUGUUCCAAACACAAGAAUGCGUCAUCAACGCACCAGAAUCAUAAUCCUUCCAACGAAACCGUAAAAGAAAGAUGUUGCAGUUCUUGCAGUCGACCUUCCGAGGUCCGAACUCAAAUCGAGAAUGAACUGGAGAUAUUUCACGUUGCUAUGGAGCAACUGCUGACGCAUUCACACGCGCUGCUCGAGAAGUUCAAUCAGCUGAAAGCUUCGACCGAUUGAACGAGUUGAACAUGAAGAAUUGAACUCUCUUCACGAUCGGAGCACAGAGAACGAAAAAACGUAAUUGCGAUCACGUUCAAAAGUGCUCAAGCCCGAAAUGGAAGCCGCUGAACUUCUCAAAGUUACGAAUAUCACAAUAUUAAUAAUUUUUUUCAUACUAUUCCAUUCCUGCUUUAUCUGUAAAUAAUCUCACGCGUUCGUCAUCAUUGUCGAAACUCAUCGCGCCUCGAAUACUUUAUUUAGAGUUUUACCAUUUUCCACCAUCGUUCAAAACGUUAAAAUUCAAAUGACGUGGAAAACAAAAAUUCAUUGACGAUUUAUUGAAUAUAUGUGGAUAAUACAACGGCCGAUGAUAAAAAAGAUGAAAAGAUUACUACAAAGUAAACGUCUUGUUAUAUAA